AUGUUUCUUGCCGCUGAGGCGUUAAACGCCUACGAAUUGGUGAAACUAAAGCAACUGAACUCUUGGACCACAAAUUUCUACGAGCGCGCGCGGAGGGACGCAGAGCUCACCGCAACAUCGGAAUGGAGUUGUAUGGGGAGAUUCUCUACGGAUACGAUAGACUUGUGGUCACCGAUCCUCUUGUUUAACAUAUGUAUUGCUAGUGCGGCAACUGCGCUCUCAUAUGAAGGCUUGUUUAUACGGGAAAAUCUGCCGCACUACGAAGAGAAAGUGAAAAAUUACUUGAACGAAGUCUCUUUAUACAGGAGAAACGAAGUUGAAAAGUGUCAAAGAGAUUUACUGUUCACUGCUAUCGGACCAUGGUUGCUACUUUGUUACUGGCAGACAACAGCAAUUUCUAGUGAUUGGAUAACAGCUUCUUCUAUCAACAUGAUGGCUGGAGCGUUCGCCUUCUCUUGGGCUACGUGUAGUUUUUUGCAGACCGUCGUCACUACACCUAAACAAUACUCUACUUUGAUGUGGUAUGCAAUGAAAAUCCUACCUGCACGUUGUUCGCCGAAAUUCGAUCCUGUGACGAUGUUCACUCGAGAAGAAAUUUGCGAAGCAUUUCGACAAAGAGAAAAAGCAGGAAACAGAAGUGAUUUCGUCCAUGCGCGAGUACUCCCAAUUUUUUGCCCAGUUGAUCCGGUAAUUUUCAGACUCAAUAUUGCAAGACACUGCAGCUUAUUCGUAAAAGACUUCGGGGGCUAUGAUGCUGCUGUGAUUUAA